GUGAUGCCAGAUGACAACACCGAGUUCAACACUCAGGGUCAUCAGCCUGAUCAAGAGGAUAUUGGGGGAUUUGCAGGUGUAGCUGGUUGCUUGGAUACAUUCCAAAGCUCUGAGAAACAGAUAGGAGCUCCCAAGGAAGAGGACUUAGCCAGUUGGGGUCAUCAUUUUUCUCCCAAAUCAGUACCAGAUGUAAUUUUCCAGGCUGCAUCAGGAGAUGAGGUUUCGUUUGUUUUCACUUGUCAAGUGGAUGGCAAGCUCGUUCCUGUUGAAUCAACUAUAAAGCUAACACGAGAGGUGGGAAAUAGAGAUUCGCCUCAUUUCAAAGAAAUACUUAUGAGAAAGUCCACAUUUUCAUCUCCACGUCAAGCACCAUCACCGAAGACGUCAUCAAGCAAGCCAUCUAGUGAGAAAGAGAACUCAUGUUCGAAACUGGAUUUGAUAUUGCAAGCUCAAUCACUGUCAGCACCAACUCCGAAUGGAGCUUCUACAAAUAUAUUACCUGCAAAUUUUAAACCUCUGCAAAAGCCAAGAAGCAAGUCAAAUAGACCUUUAGAGGAUACUAAAACAUACGAGAAGCGCAAACUCUCUUCGGAGAAUCGUUUACCCAAAAAGAGAUUUUCUCCUGAUUACAUAUCUGAUGAUUAUUUUGCCUAGAUCUUGGUUCAGCUAAUUUUUUUCAAUGCCAACUCAAAUCUCCUUAAAACAAUUUCAAAUUUUAGAUAUGAGAUAUUUGAGUGUUUUGA